ACAAGAGUGUCUUUAAAUUAUGAAAGAAAGACUGUGGCGUAGCCAACGUGACUAAUAAGGGUGGAAUAUUCAUGCAUACAUUAUUAGUCAUUUUGAAAUCCUUUGUGUUUUUAUGGAUUAUAACAUGCAAAUAUGAAUAUUCUCCCUCCCCAGUUGUUGAGCUGUGUAUAUCACUGAAAGAAAACCUAAAAGUUAUGCUGACUACUCCUGAGAAUAUUCAUUGUUAAAUGUUUUGGCAGGUAACAGAAUAAAUUUGCCACAGGAAGAACAUUGCAUUAUCCUUAUUUGCGGAAAUUCACGAGGAUUUAUAUUACCGCUUGCUCAUCACUUCCUCAUAUUACUGGAAGCGCGUGAGUCAGCGUGACUCGGCAAAUACAAAUAUUUGAUAUUGUGGGAAGCGCCACCGAAAGAACAUUAGUCACGAAGCAGAAACUUUAUUUUGUUCUAUUUUCAUGUUGAAAUUGCAAGAAAACGUUGGCAGUUUAACGACCCGGCGACACGAUGUCAAUGCUAAUUCGCACAUUUCAAUCAAAUGUUUCUUUAAAUGGAUCGACUGUUAACAACACAACGGAACAAGAUAAAAUAUACAAUAGGAUAACACUCGUCCCGUUAUUCAUGACGCUUUAUGGGAUUAUUUUCUUGGUGGCUUUUGGUGGCAAUUUAUUGGUUAUUUACGUUGUUUCGACCAAUCGCAAAAUGCAUGAAGUAACAAUUAAUUAUUUGUUAGUGAAUUUGGCCAUCGCUGACCUUAUUCAAACUUUAUCGAGUAUUUUUCACGUCGCUGAUUUCCUCGUCAAAGAUCUUAAUAUUGGUGAAGUUGGUUGUAAGUUUCAGAUUAAUAUGAACAACAUUCCUUAUGGGGCCUCUGUCCUUACUCUUGGUGUAAUAGCUUAUGAUAGAUACUGCGCUGUUUGCAAAUCUGUUUCAUUUGGUGACGGAAGGUCAGUAAAACGAAUUCUUUGGUUCGUUCCUUUAACGUGGCUUGUGAGUGUGUGUAUCUACAUUCCGACACUUAUUUAUUGCGGUCUGCGAGUAGACACAAAAGACAAGAAUCAGUUGACAUGCGACUGUACCGAACAAUGGCCAAGUUUGCGAGCGAAAAAUAUUUAUGGCAUUGGUAUAGUUGUGCUUUUAUACGUAGUACCACUGAUUUUUAUAUGCAGACUUUACCUACUCGUAAUUCGCAAGCUUAGGCAACCCAUACCUGGAGAGGACGCUGGGACCACCAUAACUUACCAAUCACGGCAAGGCGUCGUUAAAAUGCUUUUGGUCACCAUUGUUUCGUUUUUUGUGUCGUGGACGCCGUACAACAUCUUGUAUUUUUUGAAGCGCAUCAAGUAUGAUUUUCGUAGCGUUUAUUCCUUCGUGUGGUAUCCAGCUUUGUUAUUGGCAUUUUUGAGUUGCGCCUUUAAUCCUGUCAUUUAUUGCUUUCUCAGCAAGAACUUUCGAAAGGCAUUCAAGGCUACUCUCUGUUGUAAAAACUUGCCAAAAUUGUGGCGAGUUUCCUCUAGCGGUACUCCACUUUCCAUUCGUACGAACACCGCAAGAAGUCAUAGUCUAAGUCAUUUCUCAAUCAACCGAGUUUAGCUUGUAAUUCAUAAACUCAGAGCAUUAUAGCUUCAAGGGACUUAACAAUCGUAACUGGCAAAAGACAAAAGAAGCUUAUUGUGUCAUAAACUUUGUACAUAAAUUUUUUUAACAGACGGUAAAUAAUUUCAAAGAUACCUGUUCAUUUUGUUUUCUAAAACUGUUAUUACAAGUAUGCUAAGUUUAAGCAAAAGACUUCCAUGGAUCUAAAAGUAUUAAUUAUGAAGUUAUUCUUUUGUGAGCUUUAUUUUAAGAUAAAAUCAAACGCCAUGGAUAGAACGCUUCCUUGCAUUUAGAGAUCUUGUUAAUUAAUAAACAAAAACGUACAUUUUUCAACUUUGUAUUAUUAAACAUAGAACGCUUAAUCACCAUGUUUAAAUUAAAUAUUUUUUAUCUUUAUUGAAA